AGUAGUCUCAUUUAUCCGUCAACUGACUGGCCGAAAGGCCUCCCCUUUAAUAGUCUCUUCGCCCUAGCGGUAAACAUUGGGCUCGAUCUCCUUGGAGACUAUGUAGUGGAGAGUGAACGAAAUAGGACUUCAGAACGGGAUCAUGGCGGCGCCGUUUGGGCGCGACACCUUACCUGAGCAAUGGUCUUUCGGUGUCUGCGGAGAUGGCAGAGUGUUUUUCGUUCACGAUGAAACGAACACCACUACUUGGCUCCAUCCGCGAACGGGCGAACCUGUCAAUUCCGGACAUAUGAUACGGUCAGAUUUACCUCGAGGAUGGGAAGAGGGUUUCACGAACGAAGGGGCCGGCUACUUCAUAAACCAUAACCAGAGGACCACGUCGUUCCGGCACCCCGUGACGGGACAAGUGUCUCGAGAGAACCUGGAUUUUAUCCUCCAAGAACAGCCAGGUGGCCGUAUGUCCAACCCCCAGCAGGCCGACUUGCGGCUUUCCAGCACCAUCAGCGAGGCUUCCACUGUGGACACCGCUUCGGGGUCAAAGGGCUCCAGGUCCAGUGGGAGGGUGCUACAUUUUGGGAAGCGAGAGCAGUCCAUCAAGAGGAACCCCAACGUCCCAGUGGUGGUGAGAGGAUGGCUCUACAAACAGGACAGCUCUGGGAUGAGGCUUUGGAAGAGGAAGUGGUUUGUGUUGGCUGACUACUGCCUGUUCUACUACAAAGACAGUAGGGAAGAGUCAGUCCUGGGUAGUAUUCCUCUGCCCAGCUAUGUCAUCUCAGCCGUGGAGCCUGAAGACCACAUCAUCCGCAAGUACGCAUUCAAGGCCAGCCACACAGGCAUGCGCUCAUAUAUUUACAACCGGAGCUCUGUAAUUGGCUCGCAGGCGGAGCACAGCGGCAUGCGGACCUACUUCUUCAGCGCCGACACACAAGAAGACAUGAACGGCUGGGUGAAGGCCAUGAACCAGGCGGCGCUGAUGCAGAACCACACCACCAGCCUCAAGAGACCUUCGGAAACAUCGGAGAUAUCGGAAAUGCCCAGCGUGUCAGAGCGCCAGGCAGUACCACAAACCAACCACGUCAACAACUACACUGAGACCGCCCCCCAUCCCCCAGUCGAACUCAAUCUCCAUAGCGAUGGGGUGGUCCUCCAACCGGCUGACAUCCACCGAGAAACCGAGCAGCACUGUAGCUUCUGGAACGACACUCCCAAUCCCAUUGCUUCAGAAAUGGUCCUUGGUGGUGGGAACAUGGAAAUUGAAAUGGGCGCCGUCCCUCCUAGCAGUCUCUCUCCCCUUCCACCAUACUCAGCCUCCUCAACUACAUCUGCGCCCUCCUCCAGGGCGCAAAUGCGCGGCCCGUCGUACACCGCCUCAACCCUACCCCCCGGGGCCUGUCUGAGGAACGGGACACCCACCCUGGAGCCCAACGGGAUGGGGACAGGGACGUACCAGAGGGCCACCCUGCCCCCCCAGGUGAUGGAUACUCACAGGCAGGUGCAGAGGAGGAGUGCCCUGGAGCAGGUGGAACACUGGGUCAAGGUGCAGAGGGUCGAGCACAAAGGUACCCCCUCUAGAGGGAGCACCCUGCCCCGCCACACCCCUCAGACCCAGCCCACGUUCAUCGGCCUGGAGGCCUACCAGACACUACCAAAGACCCCACGCCACAGCCCCCCCACGGCUGCACGCCACGGGGAGUACAAAUACGCCCAGGACCGCCUUAGCCACUUCCGCCUCGGACCCCCGAACUCCCAGGGUACCAGUGCCAGGGACGGGGGUGGCAUCGGUGGGCCUGGCACCGUAUGGCAGCUGUAUGAGUGGCAGCAGCGCCACCAGUACCGUCACGGCAGCCCCACCGCCCCCCUCUACACACCUUCCCCGGACUACCCCUUCGGGCACCGGCCCCCCUCCACAGUCCCCCCCCCAGCCCCACGGCCCAGCUCCGAGGUGCCCCGCUGUGUGUCGGUACCCCCUGAUCCCUCUGACAUCCCCCCACUGGGACCCCCACGGGGCUCCAGGGCCCUGUCCCCCCCGCGGAGGCCCCAUACGCCUGCUGACCGGGUGGUAGUAAUGCCCCUGGGAGAGAGGCCCGCGCUGGAUGUGCCUGUGGCUGGGUCUCCCCGGAGAGCCAAGUCUCAGCUGCUCAACGCUGCCACCAUCGACAGACGAUCUAUCCCUCCCUCCUGCUACAUCACACACACGGUCAGCGCGCCCAGCCUUCACGGGAAGACGGUUGACGAUACUUACAUGCAACUGAAGAAGGACCUGGAGUAUCUAGACUUGAAGAUCAAAAGUUUAGAGCCGUUGAUCCUCAUGGCUCACAGUGUGCUACUGCACUGCACUGCCGGGCCUCUCGGGCCACUAUGGAACGUGGUUGGAAGUCAGUCAUUGAAAGAAGCGACGAAACCUGUCAAAAUAGCUGAGAGUGACGUUGAUGUGAAACUCAGUGGGUUAUGUGAGCAGGACAAGAACCUGAAGGAACUGGAGGUCCAGAUCAGCUCUCUGAAGAACAAUAAGGACAAGCUGGAGUCGGUUCUGGACCUGUCCCGCCAACAGAUGGAGCAGUACAGAGACCGGCCGGCCCACCUGGAAAAGAUAGCCUACCAGCAGAGACUCCUACAGGAGGACGUGGUGCACAUCAGGGCCCAGAUCUCCAGAGUGUCCACGGAGAUGUCCCGGGCCUGGGAGGAGUACAGCAGGCUAGAGAGCUCAGUGGAACAGCUGAGGACCGCGCUGCAGACCACCAUGAACUACAGCACCACCUCUCAGCGGGAGAAAUCUGAGAUAAAGCGGGAGCUGUGGAGAAUGGAAGACGUGAUGGCAGGGCUGAGCGCCAGCAAAGCCAACUACAAGAUCACCAUCAACUCAGUACAGAACCCAGAGAGGAAACUAGUGCCUUCGGUGUUGGACCCUGCAGUGCCUUCCCAGUGCCCUACACCCCCGCUAGGGGAGGUUAGGCCCCCUCCUCUCAGCUCCUACAUACUGCCUCACAACCCUGUGCCAAAGUGGGCAGAAGAUGAGGCUCCUCCCAGGCCGCCCCUGCCCCGCCUUUACGACUAUGAAGACCCGCCCCCCACCAUCCCACCCCUCCCCAAAGAGGCAGCAGCGGUCGUAAGACACACGUCGGUUCGAGGGCUCAAACGUCAGUCAGACGAGCGGAAGAGAGACCGUGAGGUCGGAGGGUGUGUCAACGGAGACAGUAAGGUGGAGCUGCGGUCGUACCUCAGUGAACCAGAGCUGCCGGGGAUGGGCCGGAGCAGCAUAGGGUCGGAGGGGGGCUACCAGACCCUCCCAAACAAAGGUCUGUCAGGCUCAUCAUCGCAGCUGAACCAGUCCAGUAAUAUCUCCUCCUACGUGACCCUAAGGAGAGGAGUGGCUGGCUCAGCAGGGAGGGAGAGACCUAAGAGUGCCUUGGAGCAGCUGUACUCUUCCGACCAGCAGCCCCAGUCUCUGGCCCAGGCUCCCCGGAGCCGCAUGAGUGCUGAGGAGCAGCUGGAGCGUAUGAAGAGACACCAGAGGGCCCUGGUCCGCGAGCGCAAGAGGAACCUCAGCCAGGGAGAAUGUCACUCCACCACCCAUCGUUCCUCAUCCACUACCAGGCCUCUCUCCUCCACUGACCUGGGCUCAUGGAGGCGAGAGCAGCAGGACUUUGAUUUGCAGCAGGAGCAGAAAGCUCAGGUGGUGGAGCGACUGGGUGCCGAGGGCCAGAGCGACGAGGGGCGUAGAGAGCUGAAGGAAAGGGAGAGGAUCCAAUCAGAUGAGUGGCUCACGGUGAUGGCCACGCCCAUGAGGGGGACUGACAUGGAGCCCCUCGACUACGACCUGAACCUCAGUCGUGAGCUGUCCAAGCCCCAGAAGGUGCCUAUCUCAGAGCGCUAUGUGGAGUCAGACCCCGGGGAGCCUCUGAGCCAGGAGCAGAUGGAGGAGCGUCAACGCAGAGCAGAACGCAUCAUAAGCAUCCUGGCCAAAUCCAAUGUUCAGAACACACAUCCGUCGUCUGGUCUGGCUGUCCCACUGGACUUUACUGAUCUGGACCGAGCCAUGCAGCAGCAGAAGAGGAUUAUGAAUGUGUCUCACGCCUUGGCCUCUGAAGCCUCCAUCAAGAGCAAGCAGUUCACAGCCAAAACUCAGCUGAGCACUGACUGACCAUUGACACAGACGGCAAGACACCGACAGGACAUCCGUGAAUGAAAAUAGUUGAUGGGCAAAGGAUAUAAUACUAAUAAUUUUCAGCAAUUAAUGCCAGAGUGAUGUUUUAUAAUACUUUUUAUUGGAGCUAUUCGAAACUCAACAAUAUAGCAUUGUAACUGUGCGUGUACCUAAUGUUAAGUUUGAAUUGGAGUUGUGUUUUGCACUUUAAUGUUGUGUGUAAUUGUUAACACUAAUAGUUUUUGCAACAGAAUCAGUAGCUGUGUUUUUGAAGUGUGGUCUAUAUUUCUAAAACAAGUUCUAAGCAAUGUUUUAUAGGUCGUUAAAAUGGAAAUGUAAUUAUGACAUGAAUCAUAUAUUUAUUUUAUUUUGACUAAUGAAAGACAAUCUUGCACCAAAUUGCAACCUUUGUAGCUCAGCACUGCCAUGUAACGCUUUUGCCAAUCAACUGUAUUGUAUUAUGGGAAAUAAACCAUAAUGAUGUUUCUGGAAAUAAAGGUUUAAA